AAGCAGAAAUUGUCAGUGUGUUGUCAUAGUGUAACCAAAGCUUUGGAUCUUCUCAUGAACGCUUUGUAACACGGAAUUUGGUCAGGAUUGAAGACUAUAAUGUAUUUAAUGGGAAUUGAGUGAAGUCAUUAUUUGUUGGCCAGCUGAAAAAAAAUACGAAAAUGUCUGGCAAAGCACCUGUUAUUUCAUCUAAAUCAGAAUGUGUGCGGGUUGUUGUUCGUUGCCGGCCAAUGAAUGAAAAGGAAACGAGAGAUGGCCAUGAAAGGAUCAUUGAAAUGUAUCCGAAGAGGGGUGUUAUUGAAAUCAGGAACCCUAAGGGGGUAUCAAGCGAACCACCCAAGACCUUCACAUAUGAUUCUGUGUAUGACUGGAAUUCCAAACAGUUGGACUUGUACGAUGAGACAUUCCGUGGUCUUGUGGAUUCGGUCCUUGAGGGUUUCAAUGGUACAAUAUUUGCUUAUGGGCAAACAGGCACGGGAAAAACCUUCACCAUGCAAGGUGAGAAAAAUAACACUGAUCUCAGAGGAGUGAUCCCUAACUCUUUUGAACACAUAUUCCAACAUAUCUCUCGUAGUGAGAACCAGCAAUAUUUGGUGCGAGCCUCAUACCUGGAGAUCUACAUGGAAGAGAUAAGAGAUCUGCUGUCCAAGGACCAGCAUAAAACAUUGGAACUUAAGGAGAGACCUGAUACUGGUGUUUAUGUUAAGGACUUGUCUUCAUUUGUCACUAAGAGCGUGAAGGAAAUUGAACAUGUGAUGAAUGUGGGAAACCAAAACAGAGUGGUUGGGGCGACCAACAUGAAUGAACACAGCUCACGCUCACAUGCUAUAUUUGUGAUAACAGUAGAAUGUAGUGAGAUUGGAGCAGAUGGAGACAAUCACAUACGAGUUGGACGUCUAAACUUGGUAGACUUGGCAGGGAGUGAGAGGCAAGCUAAAACUGGAGCCACAGGGGAACGGCUAAAGGAAGCGACCAAGAUCAACCUGUCUCUGUCAGCUUUAGGUAAUGUCAUAUCUGCAUUAGUGGAUGGGAAGAGCACACACAUUCCUUAUCGGGAUUCCAAACUGACCAGGCUCUUACAAGAUUCACUUGGUGGCAAUGCUAAGACAGUGAUGGUUGCAAACAUUGGACCAGCCAGUUACAACUAUGAAGAGUCUUUGUCCACUCUCAGGUAUGCUAACAGAGCCAAGGAUAUUAAAAACAAGCCUAAGAUCAAUGAAGAUCCCAAAGAUGCCCUGCUCAGAGAAUUCCAGGAGGAGAUUGCAAGGUUAAAACAACAGUUAGAUGGGAAAGGUGGGCCGAAGAGGCCAAGAGAGAAGAGGAAGAAAACACGAAGAAAUGCUGCUGGUGAGUUGAUUGAGGAGAGUGAUGACGAGGAGGGCAGUGAAGGAGAUGAGGAGGCAUAUCUCAGAGAGCAGGAGGAGAAACUGGAGGAAGAGAAGAGAGCUAUCCUGAGCAACAAAACCAUGAUAGCUGAGGAAAAACAACGAUACCUUCAAGAACUCCAGUUUAAAGAGGAAAAGCUCCAAAAAGAACAACAUGCUAGAGAUGCAAUGGCUUCAAAGAUUAAGGCUAUGGAGAGUAAACUGUUGAUGGGAGGGAAGAACAUUGUGGACCACACGAAUGAGCAACAGAGAGCCCUAGACAUGCGCAGACAGGAGAUUGCUGAACAGAAGAAAAGAGAACGUGAGAUAGAACAGAAACUGGAGAAAAAAGAAGAAACUGCUUUAGAACUUCAAACCACCUAUGCAUCCUUACAGCAGGAGGUUGACAUCAAAACCAAAAAGCUGAAGAAGCUGUUUGCCAAGCUGCAGAUGACAAAGCAGGAGAUCCAGGACCUCCAGGAGGAGCACAGUAAGGAGAGGCAGGAGCUGGAGCAGACCCAAAUGGAGCUGACACGCGAACUGAAACUCAAGAUGUUGAUCAUUGAGAACUUUAUUCCACCUGAGGAGAAGAAUAAGAUCAUGAACAGGUCAUACUUUGAUGAUGAAGAGGAUUCCUGGAAAUUACAACCUCUGACUAAAUCAAACACAACCACAAUGGCCAAGAGGCCAGUCUCAGCUCUAGGCAACAGGAGACCCAUAUCCCAGUUUGCCAGGGUGGCCGCUGCUGGGGGGAAUCCCAGGUUCAAGGGUGAAAACAUUGUAAAUAUUGAGUUGGACAUGCCAAACCGGACGACCCGGGACUAUGAAGGUCCUACAGUAGCUCCGCGUGUUCAGGCAGCCCUUGAUGCUGCACUACAAGAUGAGGAGGACUUAGAUAUUGACGGCAGAACACAGACGACAAUAAAUAUAGACACGAAACCUUAUCCCUCUGUGUUUAAUGGCAAAUCUAAGCAGAAGGCAAAGAAGAAGUCUACUGAGCCAUCAGCCAGACCUAGGACUGGGAAGAAGACUGGGGGGUCACAGUUGUACCCAUCCUCCAGAGGCCUAGUGCCUAAAUAAGGCUGAGUCCCUAUCCAACCUGAGACUGACCUAUAACCAGACAUAGUGCUGAAGGGGCAACGUGAUACUCCCCAAGCUGUGGAGACUGCUUACAUGGAGACUGCCGUGUGAACGCUUAUGUGUAGUUUUAGUCAGUUUUGAACCUUCCAUUUACAGCUGCUGCGCUGUCUAACUUCGAAUACUAGCAGAAACAGGGCUGGCACAUAUGGUGUGCUCAACCUGAGUACCCCUGACUUAGACUCAGACAAAUAGGAGCACAAUGAGCUGUGUGGUCGAAGGCCAUCACCAUGGCUGCAUUGCUCUCUAUUUCCAAUUUUACAUUCACAUUUUCUCAUUGUAUAUAUGUACAUUUAUAUUUGUGUGAGGGCGAACAUCACAUAGCAAGUGGCAUAUGGUCGGCCAUCCCCUGCUGUACAGUGGUGGACAGGGCUGUUGGUUAAACAGUGUUCAUUCCCUCACUUUGACCUUCGGACAUUCAGGUACAUAGUGUCUGUGUUGAAUGCAACUAAUCUUGUUCUGACAUGCUAUAACCCUGUCUGAACAAUUUUUCCCCAUUCUUUGUCAGACAACGUGGAUAUACAUGCAUAACCUGUCAUCUAGGGUACUUUCACCGUACAUCUCUUCAUUAAAAUACUGCUGAUUACCUACUACCUGCCUGUUACUAGAUCCAGUCAUUUUUCCUUACCUGAUUCCCAGUUAUAGUGAUUUACAAAAACACUGCUUCAUUUCUAGGUGUCACAAAGCCAUUUACCUGCAUGAGAGUGCCACAUGAGCUUUAUAGUCACAGGCCUUGCUGAAGCAUUCUGUUCUUGUGUUUCAGUUCACAUGAUAAGAUCAACGUGUAAACAUGUAAUAGUAAUGCAUGUACAUGUAUUUAUAGCUAUUUAUACCGUGACUUUUCUGUGGUCACACUUAUUUGUUGUGUAGGCCUAAGUUGUACUGCAUUUCACACUGUGUUUACUAGUGAAGAAUUGAACAAAUGAUAAUGUGUGACUUUAUCUACUUGUAAAUGUCACAUUGUAGACAUUUGUUACCCACAGCUGAAUGUCAGUCUAUGCUCAAGUGCUAGUAGACGAGUGUGAAUGAGGGCUGUUUCUGGCUAUAGUUAUCCUGCCAUGCAAAUGAUUCUGCAGCCUCUGUAUAUGUCAUUACCCCAAUUCUUGUCAUUUUUGGGACACCUGGUGUGCUCUUUCUAGCCAGUAUACAUGUAAUUGAAGUAGGGUAUUUAGUUUCUUUUUAUUACAUGGUUAGACCAUCUAAUGGAUAACAUAUUCCUAUCUUUACUUUUCCAAAAAAACUAGGAGAGAAGUGGAAUUCUUUGCUUUCAGCACUACUAAUAUCUGUCCUAAAAAUUUAAUGUAUUAGGGUGGUUAUGGUCGGGAGACAAUAUAAGCCCUUGUAACCUUGUCAACCAUCAACGUCCCACAACACAAAAUGAUGGCAUGGGCCUGUGAUAUACACAUACACCAUAAACUUCUACAACAAACAUUCAUAAGUGGACUAGAUCAGGGUUAUUCAGAAUGUUAGUACAGAUGUAUUUGGAAAGUGUUUGAAUCUCAUUAAAUUUUUUCCUCGCCAUUUAGUAAGUGAAAUGUCAUUGCGCUCAUUUGGUAAGUCUGUGAAUGUAAAUGUUGGUUUGUAUGGCAUUGUCUACAAGUAUUUAUAGGGUCAUACCCGUAAAUAUCCAGUAUGUGAAGAAUCUGUCCAGCAUACUACAGACAUCAUCUUUAUUCCUUUGUACAUUUACAUUUUGACUUUAUUUUUUUUUGUCUAUUGCAUGCUUUAAUAUAAGGUUUUACUGUGAUAAUUCCGUCCUUAGUUGUCAGUAUUUCUUGGCUGAGUUUUGCUGUGUGAUAUUUUUAUUUUACUUUUAUUAUUUAUGUCUCUGGGCACUCUAGGUUUUCCAUAUCAAGUGUUGUAUUCAUAGAAUAAUUUGAUUUGACCUGGUGCGUAAAACUAACAUGAUCUCUGUGUGAUGACAAAGGCUUUAAAAUUUGAUUCAAUAAACUUAUCUGGUGAAUCUAAUCUGUAAAAGUCCAUCUUUUAUAAGUACAUGUAUACACUGUUAAUUCAUUGCUGAUUUGUAUUUAAUUAUGGAAAAUUGGUCAGCAUUUUUUGUCAGCCUGGCCAUUGUUCUCACCUUUUUUGUCAGCCUGGCCAUUGUUCUCACCUUUUUUGUCAGCCUGGCCAUUGUUCUCACCUUUUUAUGUCGCACUUAAUCAUAAUUUCCUUAUGGCUGUUUUGCAUGAUGAAAGUAUAUGUAUUCUAAUUUUAGUGGAGGAAUGCAAAGCUGUGAGGACAAAACGGUUUGCCCAGAAUAUCACCCAGGACACACCAAACCAGCAAGAAGCUUAUAAAAUUUUGAUUUCCUGCUAAACAUGUUAACAUUAAUUGUGGCAUUGUAAUGGGUAUGAAUAGUGGACGAAGUUUGUCCACAGUAUGUAACAGCUGAGUGUGGAUUUAGGCCAAUGCUUAGUAUGUUAUGUGGAAAUACACAGUUGGUUCUGUACCAGAAUUCCUCUCAGAUCUGAGUGAUUAUCCACUGAUAAUGAACUUCUUUAUUGUUGGUGGACCAGUAUUUGCAACGAGCUAUAUACUAGACAACGUUACCAAAUCAGGUGUGAAUCAACACACACCAUUUUCCGGUCAUCACAGGUACUAUAUAAGCUACAUGUACACAUACUUCCUACCGAUGAACACUCAAAUUUUUCUCUCUGGAAGACUUUUUUUUUUUGGUCAUGUGUCUCUGUGGAUAUGCUUUUAAUGGAAUGGUAAUACAGGGAAUUGGCUUGCAGGGAACCUUUCUUACCUGGCUUAGAAUGAAAAUGGAACUGGUCAGACUGGUAUUGUUGAUGUAUAUGUAUACAAUGUGGGAUAAAUUAUUCCUUGGUAUAGUCCAUGCUUAAUGUAUCCACAGUGGGUCCAACUGACCAUUUGCACAAACCCCUUAUAAAUAUUAUGUACUCUUAUACAUUUGAUGGCGAACUUUAUGCACGUAAGUAAUGCUGUGGAAUUGUCAAGUUGUAUCAGUUGUAAUUCACUAUUUAUUUGAUGAAGAUCAACAUAACAGAUGAUGCAACCCUUUGUAUACGUCAGAACAGCUCUGAAUAAAUGCCAUGCCUUCUA